CUUUACAGCUCCCCACCUUAACCCCCUUUAUUUUCACCACUCAUGGCUUCUAAACUCAGCUCAGAUGAAGAGGGCGCUGUUUGUGAAGAAGCCGACUGCGAAUCGAUUACUGACGUCACGUUCUAUGUGAAGGAAAAGAAGAAGCUCUGUCAUGACUGCGCAUUGAAAAAAGAAUGCAUCGGGAUAGCACGAAGAGGUGUACCUAAUCUCUUCUGUAAGGAACAUGACGAAUUAAUACGUUUGUACUGCAGAACACAUAACGUAGCAUUAUGUUAUUCCGAUGCAUUUACAGCUCAUCACGAGAAACCUUGCGUACGGCUGACUAUAGAAGACGCACUGCGGAAAAACAAAGCAAAGCUCACCAUCCUUCAGAAAGCAGUGAUGGACAAAUUGGAGCUAUUACGAGUUUAUGGGAUUGAGAUUCAUCACUGUAAACAAGUCCCAGACGAACAUUUGAAAACUAUUCAGAAUGAGGUUGAUUCCGAAAUCGAAGAGGAGAUCGAAAGAGACAGAGCCAAGGAAAAAGAAGAUGCUGAUAAAAUCGACAAGGAAGUUGAUGGGGAAAAUGAACAGCAUCAAGAGGAGAUUCGGAAGCUCCAGGAUAAAAUUAACCAGAACAACGAGAAGAGAGAGGAGCGACACAAUGAAAAUCGUUUAAACGCAGAGAAUAGACGAAAACCGAUAAUUGAUAAACUGCGCAUUCUUCAGAAGGAAAUUCAGAACAUCGCUCAAGAGAUCGAGAGAAAGAUUGGAGAGCUUGAAAAAUCAUGGCAAGACGACACCAAAUCAGCAGAGAAAGCAAAAGAAACACUGGACAGACUUCUUGAAGACGAUACAAAUAUUGUCAUAGAUGGACAUCGUGUGAUUGCAUCAGUGAGUGAGGAACUAAAGAAGGAACUGAAUGAGGGUGAGGUGAAAGAAAUAAAUCGUGUUGUAUCAGGUGUGAGGUUUGUGAAGAGUAUUAGGAGAGAGAAGUAUAAAGGAAGAAUUGAUGGGUAUGAUGGAGAGUGGAAGCGUAUUGAUAAAAUCAAUGUCACAGAUAAAAUCAAAUACCCGGGCAUUGUUGGAUGUAUAGAUGAAGAAAAAGUAAUUAUCAAAGAUUGGAAGAUUGAUGGACACACCUACAUGUUAGAUUUGAACAGUAAAACCACACAGAGAGUGAUCAACGGUAGUGAUACGUCCAUUAUAUACUCAUGUGCAACGCUGAAUGACGAUAAGAUAGUAUGUGGUAGAUUCAUCAACAGUUGUACAGGAGACAGUCUACCUGGGAGCAUCAGUGUAUACGACAGACAGUGGAAUCGCAUCAAUGACGUCACAAUACCAAGGAACACGACGCGUACUGGUGUAGGGGUGCGCGUUGCAAUCGAUCAGGAUGGGAUGAUCAUCGCUGCUGAAGGGAGUCAGUCUAUGAUAUACGUCAUCAACCCAGCUAAUGAUGAUAUUGUCAAUACCAUCACGUGUAAAGAGAAGAUAUUAAUGUACGAUGUGCUGACAUCAGGUCACAUCAUCGCUCGACCUUUACCACCUGAUCGCAGAGCACUCAUCAUUGACAGAGAGGGUGAUCAUAUGGAAAUCCCCCACAGUGAUGUCAUCUUGAAUGUGUGUGUUGAUCGUAUGACAGACGACCUCUACGUCGUGACGUCAGAUGAUGAGUACAAGACGUGUGUGAUUGAUCAGGUGAUGAGUGAGGGUGAUAUGAAGAAGAGAAGAGUAGCAUCAUUCCCUUUAUCAACUAUACUGGAUAGAAAGAAGAGAUUUAGUCACCUUGUCUUAUCUCGAAUAAUGAUGACGUCAUCAGGGAAUAUGAUUGCAUGUGAUGGAGAUAAUAUUCUCAUAUUCAAAAAGCGAUUCAUCUUCUAGAUCCAUGACAGACAAUAAUACCGAACAAACAAAUGAUAUUGGGAAUGUUGCUACAUCUUACCAUUAUAUGCUUUCAAAUUGAAAAGAAAAAACAAUGAAAACGCAUUAGUCAUUGUAAUUCAUGGUUUCUUUGUGGGUAAGCUUCAUAGUCAUAUUGGAAACCUAUCAGGGAUAUGCUCUUUUAUUGUACACGUUGUGUCAAAUUAUGUUAUA